UCCUGGGUCGAGAACUUGGCGAUUAGAUCGAAUGGCAAGAUCCUGGUGACGCUGCUAUCCUCACCAGAAGUCUGGCAGAUUGACCCAGCCAACCCGGGCUCAGCAGAGCUCAUCUAUCGGUUUCCGCAUGCACUCAGUGCUCUAGGAAUAGCUGAAGUCUAUCCGGAUGUAUUCGCCGUCGCAAUCGGAAACAUCAGCUUGUCUGCAAUGGCUUCUGAGCCAGGCUCUUAUAGCGCAUGGUCAAUCGACCUGUCGCGACGCAAGCAUGGCAAGGAUGACAAGCAGGUAACAAAGAUCACCGACCUAUCCCAGGCAGCAUUUCUGAAUGGCAUGUCCAUUCUUCCAGGAAAGCCAAGCUCGGUCCUCCUGGCAGACUCAGCGCAAGGUCUCAUACACCAGUUGGAUACAAAAUCCGGUGCUUGGAAAGUGUGGCUUGACGAUGCGGCUCUCAAGCCCAAUGCUUCGGUCCCGAUCAAAUCCGGCAUCAACGGCCUGAAAGCGUAUAAUGGGCACGUGUACUUCACGAACACAUUCUCCCGUCCUUGCAUUGCACGUCUUCCGAUCAACCGAGCAGGUGAUCCUUCUGGCCCCGUGGAGACCAUCGUGGGGAACCCGACAUUCGGGGUCAACAUUGGCGAUCAUGCCGAUGACAUCGCACACCAUAGUCAUGGCAACAUCUGGCUUGCAACGGAUCUUUCACACUCGAUUGUGAAAGUCUCGCCAGGCGGGAAUGCGAGUGUCGAGGAUAGUGGAACGAACGAUCCAAUCGUUGCAGGUGUGACGGCU